AAACAGUGAAGAUGGACAUAUCAAUGUUGAGGAAGCAGUUGGUUAGAUUCCGGUUUGUGUUACUAAUCACACUCUUUAUUUUUUCUGUGUUCCUACUUUGUCUAGAUUAUUCUUUUUUGACUACCAAUACUACUAGAAUCACAUAUUUAGUUCCCGCUGUCAGGAAUAAUAAUCCAAAGCAAGUAGAGAUAGAGAUAGACAAUACACCCUCAAAUUUUUCUACCAAUUUCAAUGAAAUUAUUUGUUGUAACACUACUUAUAACCAAAAUAGUAGUGUAACCGAUGAAGCCAAAAAUGUUUCUACAAUCCAUGAUGAAGGGAAUAGGAGAAAAUAUAUUAUUAAUUCCCCUCCUCCUUUGAUUCAAGUCAAUGUUGAUAAAGUAUUUACAAUGUUGGCACCAAAAAAAUUAGAUCCUUGUUUAGGCCAAUAUAUCUAUGUUUAUGAUCUUCCCGCUAGAUUUAAUAAGGAUUUGUUGAAAGGGUGUGACACUCUCAUGAAGUGGGAAAAUAUGUGUCCUCACUUAUCAAACUUAGGUUUAGGUACUAAGAUUGUUGAAAAAUCAAAUAAAAAAGUGCUAUCAAAGAAAAAUUGGUAUGCAACAAAUCAAUUUUCACUUGAACUAAUUUUCCACAACACAAUGAAAAAUUACAAGUGCUUAACCAAUGAUUCAUCAUUAGCUUCAGCAAUUUAUGUACCAUACUAUGCUGGUCUUGAUGUUGGCAAAUAUCUUUGGGGAGGUUUCAAUAUUUCAAUAAGAGAUGAAUCACCAAAAGAAUUAAUGAAAUGGUUAUCACAACAACCUCAAUGGAGAAAAAUGUCUGGUAAAGAUCAUUUUAUGGUUGGUGGAAGAAUUAGUUAUGAUUUUAGAAGAAGAAGUGAUGAUAUUGAAGAUUGGGGAACAAAGUUAAUGUUUUUGCCAGAAGCUAGUAACAUGUCAAUUUUGUUAAUUGAAUCAAGUGGUUAUGAGAAUGAAUUUCCAAUUCCAUAUCCAACUUAUUUUCAUCCUAAAAAAGAUGAUGAGAUUAUUAAGUGGCAAAGGAAAAUGAGAAACAAGAAAAGGGAUUAUUUGUUUUCAUUUGCUGGUGCACCAAGACCUAAUUCAACAUCUUCUAUUAGAAAUGAGUUAAUCAAACAAUGUGAAUCUUCUAAGAGUUGCAAACUUGUUGGAUGUUAUUUUGGUCAAAAUAAAAAACAUUGCGGCGAUCCUGUUCAUGUUAUGGAUAUUUUUCAGAAUUCGGUUUUUUGUUUACAACCUCCGGGAGAUUCUUUUACUAGGAGAUCAAUUUUUGAUUCAAUUUUGGCGGGUUGUAUACCAGUUUUCUUUCAUCCACAAUCAGCAUACAAACAAUAUUUGUGGCAUUUACCUAAAAAAGGUUCUAGCUACUCAGUUUUCAUACCUGAAAUAGAUGUCAAGAGGAAGAAGGUAAUGAUUAACAAGACAUUGCUCAAUGUGUCAAAAAGUGAGGUGUUGGCUAUGAGAGAGGAGAUUAUAAGAAUUAUUCCAAGAAUUUUGUAUCGAUAUCCAAAUUCUAGAUUAGAGACACUUGAAGAUGCAUUUGAUGUAGCUGUUAAAGGAAUUCUUGGAAGAAUUGAAGCAAUGAGAAGAAAGAUUACAAAUUCUUAUCAUGCAAAAGUUGUUGCUGUUUAACAAUUGCAUUUUCUUUUCGGUAAUUUUAUCUUGAGAUUAGGCACAUUCUUUAAUUAAGAUUUAUAUCUCUUUGAUUUUUAUUUGGGUUUUGACCUUAUGAUUUACUUUGUUGAAAUUUCACCGAGUGAUUAGUUCACAUCGAUUAUGAAUGAUAUAUAUAUAAUCUCACGUUUCUUAUUUUUUUGCUGUCAUUUUUGCGCAUGGAUUUACUAAUGCUUUUUGUGAGAGAGGAAUUUUUUUUGGACAGGAAAGAGAAGAUAUAUUUUUAACAAAAAUAAUAAAUUGGGUUGCUUUGUGUUUUAACUUUGGGAACUGCAGUGAAAUUC